AUGAAUCGUAUGUCGAUCACCAAACAACCAUCUCAAGUUAGUAAAUUCUAUCUUGCAUGUCGAAAUGGCGAUGUGGAUUUUGUCAAAAAAUAUCUGAUGACUCUCAAACAAGCAAAAUAUGAUCUAAAUCCUUUAGAACCAAAUGUCGAUAGUACACCACUACAUGCUGCUUGCUACUAUGGUCACAAAGAAAUAGUUAAAUUAUUGCUAGAAAAUGGAUGUGAUCGAUUGAAAAUAAAUCGAUAUGGUUUAACUGCUUAUGAAGAGGCUGCCAAUGAUGAUAUUCGACAACUAUUCAAACGGUCACAAAUUCGCAAUUGUAGUCAACGUUUUCAAGAUGAAAUUAUAGAUGAUUGUUUUGAUUUUGUCCGACGCCCUAAAAAAGACAAAAAAGAAACUGUUGUUCCCCUUUCGACGUCACCAUCUGAAAUGAAAAAGAUGCCACCGUUUCAAACUUAUAAAACAAGAACUGAAAAACAACUUGAAAUAGGUUAUGCUACUACAUCAAUAGCCAUGUGUCAAUCAAAAUUCGGAAGAUGUAUUGCUGAUAAAUUUAAUGAUGAUGCACCAAUGUCAUUGAAUGCCAUUGGUAUUCGACUUCAAGAUAUAAUUGACAGAGAACUCAUAGCUAACAAAGAUCCGGAAUCGUCUAAAGCAAAUGAAUUAUUAAAUAAAUUUUUAACAGAUCUUUCUAAUGAUCAUAUUAAACACCUUAUACCAUUACCUUUGUAUAUAAAAUUACAAACAUUAAAAGAUCGAUAUUUCAAAGGACUAUCGUAUCGUGGUGCAAAAAUGACUGAUGAUGAAAUUGCAACGUAUGAAUGGGCUGUUCAAAAUCGUGGAAGUCUUUUGCAAACUAAACAUUUUUCAUCAACUUCUCAAGAUCGUUCUGUUGCUGAAGGGUUUGCAAAUGCAGUAAUUGAAACUCCUGACAAUAUUCAAAAAAAUCGUGUUGUGUUCAUAUUCAAUUUUCCCAUAGAAUGUGAUCAAGCGAUAAAUUUAAGUCGAAUAUCUGACACACAACCAUGUCUAUCAGAAUUUGAAGAUGAGAAUGAAGUUUUAGUAUUACCAUGGACAUUGUUUCAAGUUGAUUAUGUUUAUAAAGACUCACCAACAUCAUAUACAAUCUAUUUAACGAACGUUUCAUUACCGCAAAAAAGUCUUUUUUCAUCAUUCAAGUGGAUAUUAAAACAUCCUAAAGGUUCUAUAGAUCGAUUUCAUGAACAUUUUCCAGAAAGGAAACCAGAUUUUAUUGUAAAACAUCUCAUGAAUAGCGGUUUCAGAUUUGAUCAUCCAAUGGUUAAGAAAAAUGAUGAAUAA